CCUCAGCGCAAUCGGGGGCGGAGAAAGGCGCUGCUGCCUGCAGCCAUGUCUGACCCGGCCGUGUGCGGCUUCAUCACCAAAGUCCUGUGUGCCAGAGGAGGCCGCUUGGAAUACAGCGAGCUCCCCCAGGAGGUGGGGCUCCCCGAGCAGCAGCUGCGGCAGAUCCUGGAGGAUGUGGGGCAGGAGCGGUUUCUGAUGCGAAAGAACGGGAGCUCCGUGGAGGUCUUGGCCGUCUCCGCCGUCAGGAUCUGCGUUCGGAAGGAAUGUGCGGGCUGCGAGAGCCUCCACCUCUGCAAACUCAACCUCAUGGGGAAGUGCAGAAUCAGGGCUUGUAAAUACUCUCAUGACAUUUUUUCGGAAUCCAACCGAAAAGUGCUAAAGCAUCAUGAACUCUCUGGCCUCAAUGACGAUGAACUGCGUAUUUUACUUCUCCAGAACGACCCUUUUCUCUUACCUGAUGUAUGCAAUGCCUACAACAAGGGGGAAGGCAACUGCAGCCAGCAAGAUAAUUGCACCAAGCUUCAUAUUUGCCGGUACUUCCUCAGAGGACAAUGUAGGUUUCCCCGAUGCAAGAGGUCUCACAACCUUUUGGAACCAAAUGCCCUGAAGCUGCUGCUCGUAGAAGGGCUGGAUGCUAACAUAGCUUGGAAUAUCCAGACGAUCUGUGAUCACAAAACUGCUGUAUUGUUAAGAGAAUUAGGUCCAUUCAAAGGUUAUUCCUCCAACUCCAGGCCUACAGCAAGUGGAGCAAAAUCAAAUGCUUUGAAUCAGAGAGAACACAGACAAGAGCAAGCUUUCAAUAUGCCAACUUCCAUGAAACUAGACCCUGCCCAAGGUGCAAAAGCAGCUCCUUCUACUAAAUCUAAGAACACAGAGAAGGAGAAAAGUGAUGAGAUAUGUGUGCAUUAUGUCUGGCAGUAUUGCAAAAAUAAAAAUAACUGCAACAUGAUCCAUUACGAUCUGCCUUAUCGAUGGCAAAUAUAUACUGGAAAUUGGAACGAUAUUGCCAAAAGAGAAGAAAUAGAAAAGGCCUAUUGUGACCCAAAUAUUAACAGUCUUUGGGACCCAGACAUUAAUUUCAGGACCAUGACUUGUAACGGUGCUCCAGUUCGGCGCCUGUCCACUCCAUCAUCCGUCACCAAACCUGCAAAAUUUGUAAUGACAACCAAGUGGCUUUGGUACUGGAAGAAUGAACUGGGCCAAUGGAUUGAAUAUGGGAACCAGGAUGGAAAACACCAAGGUUCAGAUUUAGGUUCUGAUGAUCUGGAGAAUUUAUUCCUAGCAGAUCCAAGUGGUGGUAUCCAGUUUACAGCAGGCUCCCAACAUUAUGAGAUUAGCUUUAAAGACAUGAUCCAGACCAACUUGCUUUACCAAACCAAGAGAGAGGUCCUGAGGCGCCCCAAGUUUGUUUCCUCUGAAGAUGUAAAGACAAAGAAAGGCCACACAGGUGGUCCAGCUCCAGUAUCUCCUGUAGCUCCAGUAUCUCCUGUAGCUCCAGUAUCUCGUCUAGUUCCGGCAUCUCCUCUAGUUCCAGUACCUCUUCCAGCUUCAGUAUCUACUCCAGCUCAAGCAUCAAAUUAUCCUUUGAACUGGGAUAGGUCAGCAUUACCUAGUAUCGGGUACAAGGCUGUUGAACUCAGAAAAAUGUCUCCUGAAUACACGAAGAUUGCAAAUCUCUUUCAAAAGACAAUGAGCAAUUAUGUCAUCCACAGAAUAAAAAGGAUUCAGAAUCCAUCCCUUUGGCAGGUCUUUCUGUGGCAAAAAGAGCAGAUGAAGAAGAAAAAAGGAGGACAGACCAUUGAUGAGAGACUCCUGUUCCAUGGAACUAAUCAUUCUUGCUUGGAAGCCAUCUGUAAUGACAACUUUGACUGGAGAAUUUGUGGGACCAAUGGAACCGUCUUUGGGAAAGGGAGCUACUUUGCCAGAGAUGCACAGUAUUCCCACAACUACUGUCAGCGUGAUGCAAAUUCAAAGGAGACUGCUAUGUUUGUGGCUCAUGUCCUGGUUGGUGAUUUCACAAAGGGACAUUCAACUUACAGUCGUCCCCCAGCAAGAUCGACUGAUAUGAUCAACUGUUACGACAGCUGUGUGGAUAAGCUGGUCGACCCGUCCAUCUUUGUCAUCUUUGAGAAGCAUCAGAUUUAUCCUGCAUAUUUGAUCUCUUACGAAGAGGAAAAGAAAUGUGUUUUAUCGUAGGUAACUGCAAUGGCUUUUCAUUGCUGUAGUGUUUCUAUCUAGUUUACAUGCUUAAGUCUUUUUUUUGUAAUGAAUCAGGUUUUAAGGAAGCAAUAUGUAAAUUCAGAUAAGUAAGAAAUGUGUUAUCACUGUUGUCAAGGACAGGAAUCAUAUUCUGGUUUUUUUUAUCAAUUAGUUGUUUUAGGGCAUUGCAGGAAGAAAAGUUGAUCAUUGAAUAAUCCAUUGUCAUAGACAAAGCUGUGAAAAUUGCAGCAUUUUAGUUGUUAAGCAUCUGACUGAUAUUGUAUGAUAAAGGGCAAAUUGAGAGUCCCUUGAAUGUUUAGCUUUCAACGUAUUACGAUUUUUAUGGAUGGGUGUUAAUCCAUCCAAUGAGGUAGGACAAAUUGUCCUACCUAGACGGAUAUUAAAUCUUCGUUGUACCAGGGACAUUUGAAUAGUUGUAUCAAUAGAUACUCCCAUUCACUCUGGCGUAGUUCAACUUUCUCUUACUUGGCUUAUUGUGAAAAUCUGUAUUCCAUUGGCCUAGCAUAUGUUACGAAAAUUAAUCAGCGAUGUCAGGUCUGGCAAAAGUUUUCUUCAAAUUGGUUCAGCUAGACAACAUAAUUAUGUCUCUGGCCAUUAUUCUGCUAAUCAUUGGAGCUGAAGCUUUUUGGCAUGAAACGUUGCCCUGAGACACUCAGGAAGUUUAGUAAGCAACCAUAAUUGUACCCCUGAAGACUGUUUUUGGUUUUCAGUAUAUUUUGCCUAAAAACCAUUCAAUGACACUAUCCUGGUUAUAUCUGUGAGAGGUGCAUCUUUGCAAAUGUUUUUGCACUUAGUACUGAGAAGUACCAUCCCAGUAGCAACUGAGGUAACAGGGUGGGGGUGGCAAGAACCUUAAGGAAGAAUAGAGAUAUUUAAUAAGACUUGGUCAUGCUUUGUAGAGGAUGUUUUAAUUAGUAUUUCUGGGGUCUUUACCUGUAUUUGGAUGUUUUAAUUAGUAUUUCUAGGGUCUUUACCUGUAUUUUGGGAGGCUUUUUCUUCCCCUUUUCAGCUUUUUCCUUAACAUGUACUGCGGGUAGCGUAUAGGAGCAUUGGGUGGGUUUGCUGUUUUGAGGAUAUCAUUAAAAAUUAAAAAUGGUUAA